UAUAAAUCUUUGGAUAAGGUACUAUGAGGAUUUAAUUAAUGUUGAAUCGAAAAAUAUAUAGCCUGAUUUCUUAAAUCUAGACGAUAAGAGAUAAGAUAUUGGAAUUAAUUAAUAUUAUAUGAAAAUCUAAGUCUAUUAGAGUUUCCGGUAGACUCAUUUGGUUAAGUUUUAAAGAAAAAUGGAGAAAUUCUUCUGUCUAAUUGGUUCACUAUUAUGCUGUGUUGUUGUAUGUGUUAGGAGUGAAAAUAGUACCUUGGAAUUAGUUCAUGUUUUAUUUAGACAUGGUGAUAGAAAUCCAGAUACAAUAAGCUUAUGGGAGAGCAAUCCUUACUAUAACGAAAGCUUCUACAAAGGAGGUUAUGGCCAAUUGACUAAUGAAGGCAAAAGAACUGAAUAUAAACUAGGAACUCUACUCAGAGCAAGGUACGACGAAUUUCUUGGAUCAGAGUGGGAUAUAAACAUAAUGGACGUGAGAACCACAGAUUACAAUAGAACCAAAAUGUCUGCCUUGCUGGUAAUGGCGGGUUUGUGGCCUCCAACAGCUGAAAACGCGUGGUUGCCAUCGUUUGCCUGGCAACCUAUACCUUACAAUUACGUGGUUACUAAAAAUGAUAAGGAACUUUCUACUUACAAUGCUUGCUCUAAACUGGAUGAAGAAAUCGAUAAAGUUCAAGAAGAAGAAGAAAUAGCCAAAUAUCUGCAAGAACGGUACAACAGGACUUACCAAGUUCUACAAGAAAACACUGGUAUCACGAUAACACCAUUCCAAGCAUUUGCUCUAUAUCUUGGACUUUUAGUUCAAGAACAACUCAACUUUCCUCUAGAAGAUUGGACCCAAGAGAUUUAUCCCGAACCGCUUCAUUCAGCUGCUGUUGACUAUUAUUAUCUUGAAGCCAAUAAUACAGCAUUAAGGCGUAUCGUUGCUGGAUAUUUUCUGAAAUUGGUUUUCGCAGAAACAGAAAGUAAAAUCAACGGAACAUUAAAUCCACCAGACAGAAAAAUGUAUUUGUACUCAGCCCACGAAAACAACAUAGCUACCCUACUAAUAUCUUUAGAAGCUUUUCAAAUAACCGACAUUCCUCCAUACGGAUCGUAUGUUCUCAUGGAAGUACAUCAAAUCGAAGGAGUUUAUGGUUUCAAGUUGUUUUAUCAAGACUAUGAACAAGACGAUCCGAUUGCUAUAAAACUACCCAAUUGCGACUAUUUCUGUCCUUAUGACGAGUUCUACCAACAAGUGGAAUAUAUGCUGCCGGAAUCCGAUGCAGACUGCAAUGCUGUGGAUGAGGCUUAUACUAUCAGAAUGCUUGGCAGAGAUAUCGCAUUUUGAAAUGUAUUCUUUUUGAAAAUAUAAAUAUUUUCACAAA